UAUUUCCAAUAUUUUCUAUUCAAUAACCUAAAAAUAAAUUUUAAUAUCGAUAUCUUCAAUAAGCCGACUCUUUUAUAACUUUUAUUUUAUUCUAUCCAUAGAUUCUUUAUGUGUAUUUGGAAACUUUUAGUUGCGUUAGAUGCAUGAGCGCAUGCGUAUGUAGAAUAAUAAUUUCCAUGGUAGUUUAAAUAAGUUCAUUGUGUAGAAAAAACAUAGAUAUUGUUUAUCUUCUCUAAGUCAUUGAAUUUUUAUUCCUCAAUUAUAUCAUUUUCUCUAUUAUUCUAACAUAUUGAUCUAUGAUUAUGUAUAAUCAUUUGUAUAAUUAUUUUUUUUUCUAUUGUAUUUGUUAGGCUCAUAACACAACAUUUAUUUCAUUGUUUCUUCUUUCAUAUGCUAGGACUGAAUCAGAACUCCUUAAGGAAAUUGUUGGAGAUGUUUUGCAAAAAUUGACUCCUACAUACCAAAACCAACUUAAAGGUCUGGUAGGAAUUGAGGACAAUUAUGAGGAAAUUGAAUCAUUACUGAAAAUUGGGUCAACUGAAGUGAUAACCAUUGGAAUAUGGGGUAUGGGUGGCAUAGGAAAGACCACCCUAGCCACUACUUUGUAUGCAAGAUUGUCUCCUCGGUUUGAAGGUUGUUGUUUCCUGAAAAAUGUAAGGGAAAAUUCAAGCAGCCAUAAUGGACUUGAAGCUUUACAUAACAAACUUUUCGCCAAGUUGUUAGAGAUUGAAAAUCAUUGUUUUGAUAUGAAUUUUGUGAGGCGUAAGCUUAAACAUAAAAAGGUUUUAAUUGUGUUGGAUGAUGUGGACACCUUACAACAAUUAGAAUAUCUAGUUGAAGAUUAUGAUUUGUUGGGGCCAGGAAGUAGAGUCAUUGUUACAACUAGAAAUAAACAAAUUUUUAGUCUAGUUGAUGAAGUAUAUGAGGUCAAGAAAUUGAGCUCUGAUCAAUCUCUUCAACUUUUUUGUUUGACUGUUUUUGGAGAAAAACAACCUAAACAUGGAUAUGAAGAUCUUUCAAGAAGUGUAGUUUCCUAUUGUAAAGGCGUUCCUUUGGCUUUAAAAGUUAUGGGUGCAAGUCUUCGUCGAAGAAGUGAAGAGGUAUGGGAAAGUGAAUUGAGAAAACUCCAAAAGAUUCCAAAUAUGCAAAUUCAUAACAUUUUAAAAUUGAGUUAUGAUGGCUUAGAUCGUUCUCAAAAGAACAUCUUUUUAGACAUUGCCUGCUUACUGAAAGGAGAAAACAAGAAUUCUGUAACAAGUCUACUAGAAGCUUGUGGUUUCUUUGCAGUAUCUGGAAUCGAAGUCCUUUUGGACAAAGCUCUCAUAACAAUUUCAAAUUACAAUUCGAUAGAAAUGCAUGACUUGAUACAACAAAUGGGUCAAGAAAUUGUUUAUCAAGAAUCCAUCAAAGAUCCGGGAAGACGAAGUCGAUUAUGGAAACAUGAUGAAGUGUAUGAAGUAUUGAAAUAUAACAAGGGAACUGAUGAUGUUGAAGGGAUAAUUUAAAAUUUGGAUACAUUAACUGAGGAUCUGUGUUUGAGCUCUGAUUUCCUUGCAAAGAUGCCUAAUGUGAGAUUUCUUAAAAUCCAUACAAAGCACCGGAAUAAAAAAAAAUUUAAUGUGUCCCUUCCUCAUGGUCUCAAGUCAUUCUCUUAUAAAUUGAGGUACCUUCAAUGGCAUGGAUUUUGUCUCAAGUCUUUGCCGUCUAACUUUUGUGCUGAACAACUUGUAGAGCUUCACUUGUCUCUGAGCAAGGUUAAAAGGCUUUGGAAUGGGGUUCAGGUAGAAAUGUGACUAUACUUGCUACAUUUUUUUUCUCUAAGUUUUUAAAGGAUCUUUCGAAUUUAAAGACAAUUCUCUUAGAUGACUUGCCAGAGCUGGUUGAGAUGCCGGACUUAUCUAUGGCAAGAAAACUUGAACGUAUUUCUCUUCAAUAUUGUAUAAGUUUGCGUGAGCUCCAUCCGUCCAUCACGUCUCUCCCUAAGCUCACACAGUUGGAGUUAUUUGGACUUUCAAAAAUUGAUAUCCUUAAAGUUCAUUCAAAAUCUCUUCGUAAACUUAGCACCUUGGGUUGUUCAUCAUCUCUCAAGGAAUUCUCAAUUACAUCAAAGGAAAUGACUACUUUGGAGUUAUUGGAAACCACUAUAAGUGCAUUGCCGUCAUCAAUUUGGGAAAAUAGGAAACUUAGUAAACUUACUCUAACAGUCUCAAACAAUUUUGAAAAGUUAUCAGAUGAAGGAGGAAUGGGGUCGAUUACAACACUGAACCAUUCUGAGUGUGUGAAGCACAAUGCAUGCCAUACCCACCACAACUUUGGAAACUUAUCAUCUUUAAAAGAGUUAUGGUUAAGUGGAAUUAAUGAUGUGAGCU